UCCGCCCUUCCCGAGAACUCCGGCGGAGGCGCCAGCAUGGAGGCCGUGGAGGAGCUGGAAGUGGACGUCGAGGGGGACCCGGCGGCGGCGGUGGCGGCGGGAAAUUUUGAGAAUCCUCCAUCUAGUUUACUUCAAGAUCAUUACCUUGAUUCAACUUGGAGAACUGAUAUGGGUCUUCCCUGGAGUCUUGACAGCACCAUCAGUGAGGAAAACAAGGCUGCCAUUGAGAAGAUGUUGUUAGAAGAAGAAUACUAUCUCUCUAGCAAAUCACUUCCACAAAAAAUUUGGAAUGAACUAAAAGAAAGUGAUAAAAAGUCCACCAAAAGUCCACACAAGAAAGAAGCAAAAGUCACGAUACAUUCUCCUACGAAACCAGGCAGUGGAUCACUGAAGUGGACAAUGGAAGAAAAAGAACUGUUUGAACAAGGACUGGCUAAAUUUGGCAGGAGAUGGACAAAAAUUGGCAUGAUGAUCGGAAGUCGCAAUGUUCUUCAAGUAAAGAGUUAUGCCAGGCAGUACUUCAAGAACAAGGCAAAGACUGAAAUUUCAGAAAAAGUGGACCGAGAGCAGUAUACCAGUGUUCCAGUUCCCAGUAGCAACACAGAUGAUGAAGGCAGGCCACCAUCGUGGGCACCUACACACUUAAGAGGUCGGGCAGAUCCUAAUCUAAAUGCAGUGAAAAUUGAAAAAUUAUCAGAUGACGAGGAAGUAGACAUCACAGAUGAAGUGGAUGAGCUGCUUUCUCAUGCACCUGAAGAGGAGGCAGGAGAGCAUGAACGCCUAGAUAUUCCAAAGAGUCCACCUGCUCAAAGCGUUCUCACAGCAACUACUUCAGAUUCUCCUGGACACACAUUUACAGUUCUUCUAACUAGGAGGGACACCCCAAAGCCAGGGGAAAUCACAGAUGGGACUCCAGAGACACCGGUGUCAUGUUCUGAGAAGCAAGGUCACGAAUCUGUGAAAUCAAAGAACCCAAAGUGGGAUGAAGUUGGAGCUUCGGAUGGUACCGAUUGGUUUCCUAGUCUAGAACUUUGUGGAGACCAGACAGAAUUCUCUGAGCACAGCGUUCUUUUCCAUCCUUCCGGCCAACUGGAAGAGGAGAAUCAAAUGGAAGGAGAGGAACUUAAACCACCUGAUCAAGAAGUAGAGAUAGAUAGAAAUGUUAUAUCAGAAGAAGAGAAACAAGCAAUACCAGAGUUCUUUGUGGGACGUCAGGCCAAGACACCUGAGCGCUACCUGAAAAUUAGAAACUACAUUUUGGAUCAGUGGGAAAGAGUUAAGCCAAAAUACUUGAACAAGACAUCAGUGCGCCCAGGACUGAAGAACUGCGGUGAUGUGAACUGCAUAGGACGUAUACACACAUACUUGGAAUUAAUAGGAGCAAUUAACUUUGGCUGUGAACAAGCCGUGUAUAAUAGACCACAGCCUGCUGACAAAAUAAGAACAAGAGAAGGCAGGGAUGCUAUAGAUACAUAUCAACUGGUGCAACGGCUGCAGUCUAUGCGCACAAGACGACGACGAGUCAGGGACCCAUGGGGAAACUGGUGUGACGCUAGAGAUCUGGAAGGACAGACGUUUGAGCACCUCUCUGCUGAAGAAAUAGCGAAGAGGAGAGAAAACGAGAAACAUAAACUACCAAAACUGACUAAAGGACUAAGGCAUACAAAAAGUUCCUUUGAUCCCUUUCAGCUGAUCCCUUGCUGUUCCUUCACAGAAGAAAAACCAGAGCCGUUCCAAGUAAGGGUAGCUGCAGAGGCACUUCUGAUUAUGGAUCUGCAUGCUCACGUUUCAAUGGCAGAAGUAAUAGGCCUCCUGGGUGGAAGAUAUUCUGAAAAAGAUGGAAUACUUGAAGUCUCUGCAGCAGAACCAUGCAAUAGCCUCAGUACAGGGUUGCAGUGUGAAAUGGACCCGGUAUCUCAAACUCAGGCAUCGGAGACGCUUGCUGCUAGAGGCUGCAGCAUUAUUGGGUGGUACCAUUCUCACCCUGCCUUUGAUCCUAACCCUUCGCUUCGAGAUAUUGAUACCCAGGCCAAAUACCAGAAUUAUUUCUCCAGAGGUGGAUCGAUGUUUGUUGGAGUAAUUAUAAGUCCAUAUAAUCGAAAUAACUCUCUUCCGUAUUCCCAGAUUACUUGUCUAGUAAUUAGCGAUGAGACAAGCUCUGAUGGAUCCUACCGUUUGCCAUACAAGUUUGAAGUCCAACAGAUGUUGAAAGAACCUCAGUGGGAAUUAAUUCUGGAAAAAACACGCUGGGUCAUUGAAAAAUACAGGACAUCUCAUAGCUGGGUGCCCAUGGAUAAAAUCUUCCACCGAGAUUCAGACCUGACCUGUCUGCAAAAGCUGCUGCAGUGUAUGAGGAAGACCCUGGACAAUGUAGCAAAUGUUUUUAUUGCUGAAGAGUUCCUGGCCCAGUUAGAAAACUUUUUCAUUUCAACCUUCAUUAAAGGAGCGUGGAGUGAUACCGCUAAAGAAACUGGUAUGUGUCCAGAUGACAUAUCAUCAUGAUGGUUUUGAACAGAGCCAUUGCUCCCUUUAUAAUAAAGCAACUGUGUGUGAGAAUAACAGCGGCCAUUGUGGCUCAAGAAAACCAUCAUUGCUGAAAGACGGGAAGGAAAAAAUCAUGACAACAACGUGAUCCCUCAGAUAACUCCUAAUAUUCUAACAUUAGGGUUGAACUGCAGUAAAAUUAAUGAACGACUUGGGUAGCCAAGGGCUUCCAUUGAAUCAUGGCACCAUGCUGGUUGCACAGAAUAACUGAAGGUCAUGAUGUUCUGCUUGCACCAAAAGCCAAUUAGCUAAUCAGUAUUCCAGUAAUGCUCUCUAAUUAUUCUAAUUAUUAACUACCUUGAUGUGACAUUCAAGGAGCACCAUUUUGUGUUUGUGUUAAAUCAUCGAGACAUCAGUAAACUUUUGUCCAAGUAAUUAAUUGUGCUGUAUUAAAUACUGCUGAGUUGUACGGGUAAUUACUUGAAUGACAAUCGUGGCAGUGUUCUUCAUGGCAAAUCAUAGCCGUGUCUCACUCAUUGAUGCCGUCCCAGUUUCUUCACGAGUCCUAUUUGUUGCACCAGAACAGGAGAACAGUAAAAUAAGAUUGGAUUCAAACCUAUCUUUCACACCAGAUCAUCUUGUCUGGAGUUACACAGUUCUCUGAAGAUGACAUGCCUGCAGAAUAGGACACUUGUUCAGUUAUUAAACCUAAUUAAAGACAGCGGUCCUGCUUGAAUGUUGUAAAAAUCAGAAACUGUUGAGACUCUUCUCCUGAUUUAAGCUGUUUCUAUUCCAGGUGUACAGUACUGGAAUAUGAAAUACCUAAACACCAUAGAAAAGUUUAUUGCAUCCCAUAUAGACUUUUUUAAAAAAAACUUAAGCUUUGUCCUUCAAAGUUUGUGGUGCAGUGCUGUCCACUCUGUCCAUUUUAAUUCCUAAGGUGUCUUAAGUGUAAUAAUGGUGACACUCAAGUUGUGCAUUUAGUGUGUUAGUGUAUGUAUAACAAGUCUUUUCUCAGUGAAGGCCAAAUUAUAUUUGGUUCAGCUAUCUGCAUGUAAAGUGCCCUGGUUUGUAUUCACUUAUGUAUGCCGAUGUUCAUUUUGAAAAACAAUCCGAACACUAAUAAUAUGAACCUAGAACCUGCUUCCCAGACUUGGAACCUUAGGUGUUAUUUGGCCUAUGACUGGAAUGAAAUUGGUGUGCACAUAAGAUUUGAUCAACUUGCCGUGGCCAAUUAAUGACGUGCCCAAGUGCACCUUCCUUGUGUUGUCAGGGAUAUUGACCAGACAUGCCACUGAGACACACCCUGAUCCUUCUGCAGUUAGUUGCACAAAACUUAUGCAAAUACCAAUAGGGUUCUAGCUUACAGCUUCUAGAAAACCUGAUUGUUGGCUUUUCUGGUGUGGGGCUUCUGAGAGUUAUAGUCCAAGAACAUAUGGAGCUCCAAGGUUGCCCUAGCAGUGAUUUUCCAGCAUCGGAUUCUCCAGAGGUUCUUAGACCAAAACUCCCAGAAACCUUCACCACUAGUUGUGCUGGCCAGGAUUUCUGGGAGUUGUAGUUCAAGAACAUCUGGGGACCCACGGCUGGGAAGCCCUGCCCUAGACCAUUAUGCCCAUCAUGUUGUAUGUAAUACAACCUUUCAUUUCUUUUCCCACCGAGACCCUUGUGUGGUGUUGCGUAAUAUCGUUGCUUUCCGAAAAAGAUGCUAGAACCAUGGAUUCUGCUUUUGAGAUUUUUCACAAUUACGUUGCCGCUUCCCAUUUUGUACAAUAAUGUGUACAUCAAAUAUUGUCAGUGCCAGUGACAAUGUUGUAAAUAUUGUGUAUUUGUACAGAAAUGAAUUGCUGAUCCGCCUGUCAUGUGAAAUAAAAAUACAGAUGUGUUUGCCGAC